CACGGCGCCGCAUGCCAGUGCGCUCGCUGAGUGCUCGCUGCGAAGUUGGACGGCCUCAUCGACAACAUAGACGGUGACUAUCGGCCGCAGGUGUCAUCGGCCUUGUCAUCCCACUGUGCUCAUACGACGUAUUGCCAAAGCAGCAUGGUAGACAACGCUGCCAGUGCACCGACUACCGUAAUCCAGCAAUCCAAUUCUCAGCUCUCCACCAAGAGACAUGAGUCAUUUUACAUCAGAGACGACUCUGUAAUCAUUCGUGUGGAGGAUACCCUUUACAGAUUUCAUCGCCACUUUCUGAAACACCGAUCAAAGGUGUUUGCGGACAUGUUCGACGUCCCACCGGAAGUAGGCAAGCCUGUGGAAGGUCUGGACGACGACCAUCCAAUUGUCCUAGAGGGAGUCACCUGCGAGGAUUUCGAGAGGUUGCUAUGCCUCUUCUAUCCAGAGUGAGUUAUAUGGCGGUCGCUGAAAUUGGUAGGUACUCUCGUAUCUGCCGUUCUAUGGUAACGGCGAAUACCUAGGGGACUCUUCAGGCCUGCGGUCCCGUCUCCUUCGGCGCAAAGACCACGCUUCU